CAAAAUCUUGAGCUUAAUCCAUUUUGUUCAUUUUCUAUUUCUCAUUACAAGAUGGUGUUUUGGGAAGGUUAUUUGAGUGAUGAAACAAUGGGUAUAAUUUCUCCAGUAGUUGUGUAUUGGUUAUAUGCAGGAUUUUAUCACAUUUUACCUCCAUUGGAUAAUUAUCGUUUACAUACAAGAAAAGAAGAAGCAAAAAAUGUGGUUCCGAUUCCUACUGUGAUUAAAGGUGUUCUAUUGCAACAGUCUAUUCAAGCUACUGUGGCAUAUUUAUUGUUCUGGGUGAAUAACUCUAUGUUGAGAUCAUCUGAAGUUGAAGUUCAGCCCUCAUUUCCAAUACAGCUAUUGCAGUUUAUUGUGGCCAUGUUGGUUACAGAUGCAUGGCAGUAUUUUGGGCAUCGCUACCUGCACCAAAACAAGUUUCUCUAUAAACAUAUUCACUCUCUACAUCACAAGAUGGUCGUUCCUUAUGCAUUUGGGACCUUUUACAACCACCCAUUGGAGGGUCUUUUUCUCGAUACAUUUGGGGGUGUCGCCUCUAUGUUGAUUUCAGGGAUGACAGCUCGAACAUCUGUGUUCUUCUUUUCCUUUUCUAUAAUCAAAGCCAUCGAUGAUCAUUCUGGGCUCUGGUUACCUGGUUAUAACCUCUUCCAUCUAUUCCCAAGCAACCCUGCUUAUCAUGAUAUCCAUCAUUACGGGGGAAUAAAGUAUAAUUAUGCACAACCAUUUUUCACAUUUUGGGAUAAACUAUAUGGUACACACAUGCCGUAUACCGUUGUGAAGCGACCCGGAGGAGGAUUCGAAGUAAGGCCACUGAACCAUAAUAAGGCUAGUGCCAUCAGUGGCUGAUCCAGUGUGAAAUCAAAUUUAAGGAAAGUACUGUUAACUGUCAAGAUAUGCAUAAAUAAUAAAAUAUUCUGGGGGUCAGUUAUUUUAUCGUCAAACAAAGUGCAUUGCACAUAUUCAUGCAUUACUUUUAUUUACUCUU